AAACGAGAACUCCAACAAUGGUGGUGAAGUCGUUUUUGGAGGAGUGGACACCAACAUGUACACUGGAGAUAUCUACUGGGCCCCUGUGACCGAGGAAGCUUACUGGCAAAUCGCCAUUAAUGGGUUCUCCAUUGGCGGCCAGGCUACUGGCUGGUGCUCUGGAGGUUGCCAGGCUAUUGUGGACACUGGCACUUCCCUCCUCACUGCCCCCCAGCAGAUCUUCUCUGAGCUGAUGCAGUACAUUGGAGCCCAGCAGGAUGAAAAUGGAUCUUACUUGGUCAGUUGCAGCAAUACUCAGAGCAUGCCCACCAUCACCUUCAACAUCAAUGGUGUGGACUUCCCUCUUCCUCCUUCUGCCUAUGUCCUUCCAAGCACCAGCAGCUACUGUGAGGUGGGGAUCAUGCCCACUUACCUGCCUUCCCAGAAUGGCCAGCCCCUCUGGAUCCUUGGUGAUGUUUUCCUCAGGAACUACUACUCUGUCUACGAUCUUGGCAACAACAGAGUGGGUUUUGCCAACCUGGCCUAA